UGAAUGUGCAACAGGGUGGCAUCAUUUGGGAUCAUCUUGCUAUUUCUUCAGCCAUGAACGUUGUAAUUGGUUUCAAGCUGAGUUCAGUUGUAGUGCACACAACGCCCGCCUUGCUGAAGUUCAGUCAAAAGAACAGGCGACCUUUUUAGUAAACAUGGGUAAAACUCUAGGACCAGGUCAAAGCUAUUGGUUGGGAGGUAGAGAUGAUGUCGUAGAAGGAAUGUGGACGUGGGCUCAAACAGACCAGCUGUUCAAUUUUACUGACUGGUAUCCAAAUGUACCAGACAACAAGGGCAGAAACGAGAACUGCUUACAUAUGUAUGCUGCAUAUAGUUUGAAAUGGAACGACGCCUCAUGUACCGGACUAUACAGAUUUAUCUGUGAACAAGAGUAUUCUGGAGAUGGUUCUGAAAUAAUAGGAUAAACAAAUAUCAAUGUGAAAACAACUUGUUUUGCUUUUAAAUUUUAUUGGACCAAUAGUUAAUCAAACUUAUAUUCUUAAUCCAAAGAAAUACUGCAUAUACCUCGGGGGCGAUCUGCAUUAAAUUCACAAUUGUCUUCUAAUCAUUCAAAAUAAAUUAAACGUUCGAGUCAGUUCAUUUGAUAUUUAAAUCUUAUUGAAAAACUGUGUUAUCAUCCUUUAUUUUAUAUACCAUGUAUACUUUAACUUAA